AGGUUUUAUUCACCAUUAUACCAACCCACAUAAAGCAAAAGAUAGACUGACACAGAGAGAGAUGAAGCCCAACUGUUCGAUCUUGUUCAAGCUUUUGAUACUACAAUGUCUGUCGCUUCAAUGUGUUUCCCAGAACUUCGAUUUCUUCUUCUUUGUCCAGCAGUGGCCAGCAUCGUACUGUGACACAAAGCAGAGUUGUUGCUACCCAACGAGCGGGAAGCCUGCAGCAGACUUCGGCAUUCACGGGCUUUGGCCUAAUUACAAGGAUGGCUCCUACCCUUCAAACUGCGAUGCCGAUAGCCCUUUCAAUCAAGCUGAGGUAUCAGACCUCUCAAGCAGUAUGCAAAAAAAUUGGCCAUCACUGGCAUGCCCAAGCAGCAAUAGCGUAGGGUUCUGGACACACGAGUGGGUGAAACAUGGCACAUGCUCACAGUCUGUCCUCGACCAACAUGGAUACUUCGCAUCAGCUCUCAACCUCAAACAGAGAUCAAGCCUCCUCCAAUCCCUUAACAGAGCAGGAAUAGAGGCAGAUGGGAAAUCGUACAGCCUACAAAGCAUCAGGGAAGCCAUAAAAGAAGCAAUUGGGUAUACUCCAUGGAUAGAGUGCAAUACGGAUGCUUCGGGUAACAGCCAGCUUUACCAGAUCUACCUGUGCGUGGAUACUUCUGGGUCAGACUUCAUCGAAUGUCCUGUGUUUCCCAAGGGAAAAUGCAGUUCAGCGAUUGAGUUCCCUUCAUUUUAAGAUUGUGAACGAUCCAUGUUAUCUGUUUAAUUUCUUUGAUCAUCCACUGAUCAUCAAUUCAAGUAACCACUGUAAUGAUCGUCAAUUUAUGUAUACCCGCCGCAGGCUGCAGCAGAUUGUUGGAUGGAAAUAAGUUUCAUAUAUGAAAAUCCAAAACAAAAAGGAAAAUGAUAUUAUGUCU